AUGCGUUACGCUGCUGCUGCCCUUGCUGUCGCUGGUGCCGUCAUGGCCCAGGACAACGACGUCUACUCUACCGUCUUCUCUACCAAGUUCUUCACCGUCACGUCGUGUGCCCCCGAGGUCACCAACUGCCCCGCCCGCAGCACCGUCGUCUCGUCUAGCGUCGAGCCCUGGACCACUUCCACCAUCUACACCACCAAGGUCCAUACCGUCACCUCGUGCGCUCCCACGGUCACCAACUGCCCGGCCCACUCGACCGUUGUCGUCACCGCCACCGAGGCCAUUGGCACCACCAUCUGCCCCGUCACCGCCACCGAGACCGGCGCCAAGCCCACCGCCACCGGCGUCGCCCCUCCUCCUCCCGCCGGCGGCAACGGCACCGUCCCCGCCGUCCCCAUCCCCACCACCGCGACUGGCGUCAAGCCCGUCCCCGUUACCACUGGCGGCGUUGCUCCCAUCGUCUCCCAGCCCGCCACCCUGGCCACCAGCGCCGCCUCCGAGUGCCCCGGAUCCUACGUCAAGACCAUCUCUACCAGCAUCACCACCGUCAUCCCCACCGUCAUCUACGAGACCGUCCAGAUCCCUUGCCCCACCCCCAGCGCGCCCUCUGCCUCUAUCCCUGGUGUUCCCACCGGUGGCAACGGAACCGCUGGUGUUCCUACUCCCUCUGCCCCCGUCACUGCCGGUGCCUCGGGCCUGACCGGCUCUGCCAUCCUGGCCGCCGUCGCCGGUGUUGCCGCCUUCGCCUUGGCAUAA